AUGGCAGACGCCGUCACAAAGAACCCGCGGUCGAACGACUUGGCCCAUGUGUACUUGGAGCAUGUGUCGCGGACGUUGUCGGCGACGGCUGAGCACAUGCCGAACGCCGACUUUGACGAGAGCAUGCAAGUGCAAGGCCAGUGGCCCAUGGCGGACGAGCUUGCGUAUACGGUGGUGGAAGGGCUGCUGAAAAUUGCCCUUUGCAUGCCGACGAUGCGCUCCGACAUGCUGACGGCGCUGAACACACUGGUGAAUGGCCUAUGCUCGCAGCUGAUGUCGCAUGGCACCGACGAACAGGUGCUGCGACUUGCGCUGCGAUGUGUGCCGCAGAUGCACGGUGUGGCGCGAGCGUUGCAGGACGUGGCGUUUGUGUGGGAAAGCAGCACUGUCACGUCCCUGUCACAUGCACUGAGCCGGCUGGUCUCGGGAGCUGACAUGGUGGCGCGUCUCGACAGGCUGCUCGUCGCGCUGCCAGAGCAGCAGGAGGCGGCACUGCAGUGCCAAGCCGUGGCAGCGCAGCGGAGCAGGGGGGAAACGUCGAUGGACUUGGCGCUGACGGCGCGCACGGAGCUCGCAGAUGUGCGGGAUCAGCUGCUCGAGCAGUACAUGGUGCUGGGGACGCCACUGAGCGGGCAGCUGAUUGCCUGGUGCGGGAUGAGCGCGAUUGCGUCGAUCCUGUCGCAAGCGGCGAUCGGGACGGGCCAAGCGGCUGCGAUCCCGAACGACACGCCCGCGUACGCAUUCACAUGGCAGCAAAUGGUGAAAGGGACCCUGCCGAAGCCCCUGUAUGUGCCGGCGAUGGCGCGCACGACGUACACGAUGGUCGCGAAUGCCUGUGGCGCGAUGGAGGUCGGCACGCCGUUGCACGCCGAGCUGUACAUGAGUGAGCAGCUGUGCACGGCGCUGAAGCUGCAAGUGCUUGCAACAGCAACGAACACGGACGAUGCUACGUUUGUGCUGGACACGCUGUGUGAUGUGCUGAGUGAGCGAGCGCCGAUGCAGGACAUGGCGGUGCAGCGCACGGCGCUGGAGAGCGCUGCCGUGCUGGGCAUGGCACGCCCGACGUUGUCGCUCAAGUUGCUGUACCACAUCCGGCGCUGGGUGCAGGAGUCGCUGCCGUUCACGAAAGAGAGCGCAGCGCCCGGGAUGCCGGCGAAGGUGGAGCCGCUGCCGGUCACGGCGCUGUCGCCGCUCACGAGUGUGACGGCACUGAGCAUGGCGGCGUGCAUCCGGGGCUCUGGCCAGGACGAGGCUGCUGCGUCGACAACGUACACGAUGCUGAACUACGUGUCGCGCGAGGCGGAGCCGGCGUCGAUCAAUGCGACGCUCGCAGUGAUUACGCGCCUCGCGCACCAUCUACGGACGCCGUCGUUCACGGCGCUGGUGAUUUCGCUGCUGCUGCAGCGCACCGAGGGGCACGGCCACUUGCCGAUCAGCAUCCUGUUCAGCCACCUGGUGCUGCUGGCGAUCACGGCGCCGCGCUCGAGCUUUGUAAAUGUGUGCACGUCGCUGGCCGAUGCGAUGCGCCGAGCGCUGGCCGCGGGCGACAUGGCGCAGUUCCAGUCGAUGCAGCAGGUGUGCCUGCAGCUGAUGCGGCAGCUGACGCCACAGGCGGAGGCGCUCGGCAGGCAGGCAGAUGCGGUCGCGAAGGAGCCGGUCGCCGAGGCCGGCGCGAAGACCGACGGGGCGCCGUGCCUGCGGAAGGAAACGGUGCUGCCCGAGAUGCUUGCACUGGUGAUUGAGGCUGGCAUGCGCACCCACGGCGGGCGUGCGAAUGCGUCCAAGGCCGUGCAGGAGCUCACGCACGUCCUUGCGGCGCUCGUAGCCCACGACGACAUGCACGUGCACUGGAAGCCCAGCACGGAGCUGGUGUACCUGUUCCGCAGUGCGUGGAUUGUCAUGGCGCUGACGGCAGCCGCGCCGCAGUCGGCACUGACGGCGCCGAUGCCCCAUGGCGAUGCGCUGAACAUCAUCGCGCUCAAGACGCCGACGCUGAUCCCGACAUCGGCGCGCAACUACCUCGACGACGACAUCGACACGUACACGGUGAUGAAGCACGACACAUUGGGCGUGACGCCCGAGUCGCUGCGGCAGGCACUCUCGCCGAUCAUCGGCGCGCGUGUGCUGGAUCCGCGUGCGCUGUCGCUCGCACGGCUGGCGUUUGUGUAUGCGGUGCUGCAGGUGGAGUGGCGCCGCGCCGCGUGCGGCCGGCCGUCGAUGGCGCUGUGCUACUUUGCGCACGCGGGCGUCGCGGCGUCGUCGGUGCUCGCGCCGCUCCGAGCCGUGGCGGAGCGGACGUUUUCGGCGUUCCUCGUGCACGUCGCGGAGCGCACCGAGUCGCACACCGCGGACGAGUGCCUGGCGAAUGAGGCGCGCAACAUCCUCGUGGCGACAUGCCACCUGCGGACGGCGGUGCGGGAGGAGGCGCAUGCGUACCUGGAGCGGCUCGUGCCGGCGUUCCCCUGGCUGUUUGCGCGCUCGGACGUCGUCGCGACGAUGCUGGAGCUCACGUCGCUCGUGGGCCGCGGCUGCGACUGCGAGCUGACGAACGCGUUCCUGCCGCAGUACACGGACACGUCGACGCUCGCAGGCAUCUCGAUCGACCUGUCGGACCAGUAUGCGGAGCGGCGCACGCUGCUCGACCAGGUGCUGGGCCGUGUGCGCGACAUUCUGGCACGC